AUUGCGUUAGCCUCGAACAAAAUAUUAUAACCUCGCAGCUUUUGAAGCAGUAUUCGGUUUCUCGCGCUGAAAAUUUUGAGCGUCGCAAGGUGAGAAAAGAAAUGGCCACAAUUGGACUUCGGAGAAUAUCUGUUUCAAUAAGAGGGAUUAUAAAUUGCUCUUCUUUUGUGAAACACAUUAAUGUCACAUUGGCUGAGAGCGAUUCUUUCAAAUUAAGGGGAAUUCUUCUUCCGCAGCGGACAGCGAUUUCCCUGUUGUCAACGAACGCCAUUAAAAGAGAACCAGCUGACGAGCAGUCAACGCCACAGGUUACCACUCAAUUCAAGGAAAUUGUCAUCGAUCAUUUUGGAAAAGACGGAAAUACAACAGGAAAUGAAGAGUAUAGAAUGCCACACCCAGUCUGGUCAGAAGAGGAUGUGCACAAAGUUGAGGUUACCCAUGAAAAGCCAGAAAAAUUUGUAGACAAGCUUGCAUACAAAAGUGUACAGGCCUUGCGAGCAACGUUUGACGUCAUUUCACUGUACCGCUUCAUGGAACUUGAUGAAAACCGCUGGCUCAAUCGAAUCAUCAUGUUGGAAACAAUAGCUGGGGUCCCUGGAAUGAUCGGCGCCAUGACAAGACACUUUCACGCAUUGAGGAGGCUGACAAGAGACAAUGGAUGGAUACAUACACUGUUAGAGGAAGCUGAAAACGAGAGAAUGCACUUGAUGACUGCUUUGGAAAUGAAGCAACCUGGAGUUAUUUUCCGCGGCACUAUCCUUCUCGCCCAAGGUGUGUUUGUGAACCUGUUUUUCCUGGCAUACCUGAUAAGCCCCAAAUUCUGUCACAGAUUUGUUGGAUAUUUGGAGGAAGAAGCGGUCAAAACUUACACCCACUGUCUGGAGUGUAUUGACAGUGGAAAGUUACCUUUGUGGAAAAAUCAGCUGGCUCCCAAGAUCGCCGUCAACUACUGGAAACUGCCGGAGGGUUCAACAAUGCGUGACGUCAUUUUAGCCAUCCGAGCUGACGAGGCGCAUCACCGAGUUGUCAAUCAUACCCUCAGUUCCCUGCCAUUGUGUGCUCCGAACCCAUUCCUUCCCGGCGAAAAAAAGCUGUGAAAGACUAAGGAUAGUAAAUGAAGCGGUAAAAAGUACCGAUGUUCAACCCGGAGAAAAUGCAAAAAUCCGGCCCAGAACGCAUGCCAGAGGUUUUUGCCGGUCUUAAUGAUGUAUAUGAUCAAUAGUGACAAUAUCGAAUUCUGGUUAAUUUAUAGGAUAUCAAGUCGGAUCAGUUCUAUUCUAUAGACCAUUUUUGAAGUUCUGAUGACAGAACUCUGAGAACUAAAACUAUGGCUAAAAAAAUAAAUACCAUCUCCUGGCAAUUGAAAAACCUCUCUUGUAGGAAGUAAAUCAGUAAAUGUUUGAAAUACAUUCAUUUAUAGAAGAAUCACUCAGAUACAGGGAACAUUUCUCUAAAGCUAAGGAAUUUCGUUAUGAGUUGCAUAAUUGUAACGAGACAUGAACAUUUUUUGUAAAUUUGAUGUGAUUUGGUAUGCAUCUUUUAAACUCAUAAUGAUGGGUUGGUAAUCACUCAUGAACAUUAGAUUUGUUUGCCGAUGGCCGGGAUCUUGGCUUUACUGAUGUUGGGCACGCUAAAGAGAAUUAGCUUCACAACACAGAUGCGCCACCAAGAGA